AUGCAAUCCACUGAUUCAUUGAGAGAAUUAAAUGCCAAGCUCUUAGCAGAGAUUGCCGAACUUAGGAAGAAGUUUUCUGAAAUUAAGACCAAGAAUGAUGAGCUUAAGGAUAAGAAUACUGAAAUCCCUGAACUUAGAAGGAAGUUCGCUGAGAUUGAGGCUGAGAGAGCUGAACUUUUAAGGCCAGAAUUGCUGAGCUUUUAACACUAAACUCGAGUCUGAAAAUGCUGAGUUUAGAGAUAGAAUCACGAAAGUGGAACAGAGACAGAUGCAAAAUGAUAAUGUUACCAUAACCAAUUCUUCUAACAACAGUAACAACAGUUCAUCUAACUUCAAUUUUGUUGCAGAGGAUCGCGGGAAAUCAUUGGCGGAUGAGAAAAUGGAUGGUUCCUUUUAUGAAAAGGUUUGCUUUAACAAAGAAGAACAGAUGCCAGAGGUAUCACCUGCCAACGUACCUGACUCAGACAUAGCUCAGCUCAAACAUCAUGCACCUGUUUGUGAAG